UUGAUACAUUGUUGUUGUUUUGUAGUUAAUUUAGUUCAGGGCAACAUUUCACUUCGGUUGCAGGACGCGUAUCCCGAGCGAGCCGUGGCUCAACCUGUUGAUCAAAGGACACUUUUCGGAGAUUCUGCGCAUUCCCGACAGAAAUUCAGCGUUAACAAGACACAUUUUGAGGAUUUCUGACUAGCUGCUUGUAUGCAGGGCAUGACGACUCAUUUUAAAGCAAACAAACCUUUAAAGCUAAAGAAGGAGGCAGGUGAGAAUGCCCCGGCACUCAGCGACGACGAGCUGGUGGCCAUGUCGGUACGGGAGCUCAACCAGCACCUGCGCGGGUUGACAAAGGAUGACAUGGUCCGGCUGAAACAGCGCCGCCGCACGCUGAAGAACCGCGGCUACGCGGCCAGCUGCCGCAUCAAGCGCGUCACGCAAAAAGAAGAGUUGGAACGGCAAAAAACAGAUCUGCAACUGGAAGUGGAAAAGCUGGCCCGUGAGAACGCCAGCAUGCGGCUCGAGCUCGAUGCGCUCCGGGCCAAGUAUGAGGCCCUGCAGUGCUUUGCCCGGACUGUCACCCGCGGGCCUGGUAAGGUGGCCACCACCAGCGUCAUCACUAUUGUCAAGUCUGCCAAUCACAGCCCCAGCUCCGCCCCCUUCUCGGCACAUUCAUAGUGAUGAUGGACCCUGCCCGCCCGGCUCCUUCUGGCCCAACCUGGCUUUAUACCCAAACUGGCCUGUUGGCAGCUUAGUGGUCAGACUGAAGGGAGGGUGAAGGACUACCACAGGCUGCAUCUGUUUAGUUUCUUAUCUCUCUUUUUUACACUCUCACAGAACACACACAACAUAUUCUAUAUUGUCUGUGCACUGUGCUAUAAACUCCCGGCACCGGCAUGGCACACCAGCCGCUCUUUCCGCUUCACAACAGGCUGAGACUUAGCAGAGAUGAACACAUUUAAGUGUGAGAUAGUAGUUGAUUUAACCUGCCAUGGCAGCGCUGGUCCGACAGCUCGGAUGCCUGUGGCAUAUUGCAUUUAUAUCGGAAACUGAACUAAUAUGUUGCAACAUUUAAAAAGUCCCUAAUUAUCUCAAAUAGUUAGCACUUGUAGAAGACUAGUUUUACUUUACUUUAAAAUGUUAUCAGAUAUUGACCAGAGGGCGAUAAAACAGCCAGGUGUGAUGAACACAGUCCAAAGUUUAGGACGAUGAUACUUGUAUCAAGGGAAAUCCUUAUCCUGAAGCGUUAUAUGUUACUGAUAAACGGGAGGAAAUUAACUAUUGGAAAAUGAGAUCGUCUUUGGCACUUAUAUUACUGUUUUAUUACAGUAUAAUACUAUGAAGCAUUUGCGAAGCAGACUGACAUUGUAUGUAAAUAUUAUUGAUGGAAAUCGCAGACUAAGCGAGUCUUCGGAAAAGGGCACUUGAUGGUGUUUUUUGUCUUUUAUGACAGGUUGAUGAUGACUUAUAAACAGCACAUCUGUGCCGUAAGCUAUCUCAAAGAUAUACGGUUUUCCUGACCUUUCCUGUCUUUAUACGACACCAUAAAAUGGUAGGUAAUCCAUAUUGGAUAAAACGAUAACAGGAGCUGUCUUGGCAAUCAAAUGCAGUUGAAAAUAUAACCUGUAUAUUACAGAACUGAGAUGUCAAAUUGAAGCUCCCGACGUUAGAAAAUUCCGUCCGAUCAGAAAGCAUUCCUACUGCUAAGUCACGAAAAGGUGCCACUGCCGGUGUUGGUAACCCUGACAAAAAUGUACGUCUAUGAAAUGCAAGUAUUUGAUAUUUUGACACUGACUCUUGGGUAAGAACAAUCCUGAGGCAUCAUGUUAAACCAGUUCACUGGGGCAUCAUGUAAAAAAGGAAAAUAUGUACAGCAUUUAUGCUGUUUUUCACUAAACUCAUCAGGAUGUCAGGAUCGUUUUUAUCUAAGUGGCUAUGACUGUUCUACCACAGCAUGAAACAUUAGGAGAAUGUUGUGCUGCUGGGAAGCCCACUGCAAGCCACGGCCUUUAGGGGUCAUGAUGUUCGCUUAGCACACUUUUUAUAUCUACACGAAUGUUUUACAUGUCUCCGUAUCCCCAAACAAAAUAUUUUGCAUUGUCCUUGUAUUUUAUAUUUAUCCAGGAAUUCUUCAAAGUGGUGUGACCUUGUAACUGUCUUUAAUUUACUGGUUUAUUUAACUCCGAUGUAGUCAUUUUCCUACACGUCUCUCCAUCAGUCGUUUUUCGGAAAGAAGCCCCUACUCUCAGUUUCUCUACACUAAGCACACUAUUAGUGUUCACAGUGAAUGAUAGUGCUGGCCUAGUCUGAGAUUUUAAAAACAUUUCAUUUCAGUAUUCAUCAUUUCUAUACCAUUGUUUUUCUUUUUCCUCAUUUCUAAUGGUGAGUGGUCAAACCUACAGUGAGCAUUUCAAACCAUAUCAAGAUGUCCGUUUUGUCCUUUUGCAGUCACACAUGAUGGGCAGUUCUAAAGUGACCACAUAUCCUCUUUUUUGGAUGUAAUGGGUUUUAAACUGCCAUCUUCACUUUCCCUUACGCCACAAAUGCCGUUUAGAGGAGGGAAACCCCCCCAGAAAUGUCCCUUUUGUCAUAGUGUGGCCUUAUUUUCAGUUCUAUUGAGAUACUUCUUUAUAUUAUAAUUCUGUGGAAAUGUUUUCCCCCUGAAAGGAAGUGCUACAAAUCACUUCUUCUUUAUGGAAGCUGUACAUGAAUGGAUUUUCUGUGCAAGAGGACUUUUCUGUGCUUUCACUGACAUCUGGUGGUGAUCUGUGUUUCUGUGUUGUUUCAAAUGCUGUGAUGGAAACCUGAUGAUCUGCUCGCUGUCUUUUUUAGACUAUUGGCAUUGCUUUUUUGCUUUGCAAUGUUCUGUUCAGCUGCCACCAAAGCCAUAACCGGUCUAUGUGCUUCAUUCAUUUAUUCUUUUUAUUUAUAGCGUAAAUGAAAUGCCCUCCACUUGCCAUGUCAUAAUGCCAUAAUUUAGAUUGAAGGGAUAAUUUACCCGCCCACAAAAAAAAUUCUAUCAUCAUUUACUCCACAUAACACAAAAGAAGAUAUUUUGAUUAAAGUUGGUAACCAAACCGCACUGGACACAAAAUAUUGUAUGGACACAAAACCAAUGCAGGCGAACAAUGUUCACAACAUUCUUCAAAAUAUCUUCUUUUGCGGAAAAAAAGUCAUACAAGAAAGUCAUAGAGGUUUGAAAUGACAAGAGGAUGAGUAAAUGAUGACUGAAAUUUUCGGAUCACUUUAACAUCGAAAAGACAAACUGUUCUGUAAUUUUUUUGCCAGUGUUUCUUUUGCCAGUUUGAAAAGUGUCAGCUGUAAACAUUUUUUUAUUUUUUUUAAGGAGGAUCAGGCAUUACUGGUAUCUCCACACCAGGGAUAUCAUCUCAUGCUCAGCUAGAUUGAGGCCUGUUGACAUUUCUUGAUUCCCGAAUAGUGCAGUUAACGUUUCUCCUAACACAGUUGGAUAGUGAAGAUGGUCUCUAAAUUGAAUGGGUACCUUUUUCUGUCUUUUGAUUCUAUGUAUGCUGUAUGUGGCCUUUUGGGCUGAAUAGGAUAAAUUAUUCUAUAUUUUACACAUGAAAAUAUCUAUUUUUCAAAGUAUAUAAUAUGUGCUCAGUCAGUCCUUAAAAGCUAUUUACCAUGAACGCACAUAGGAAUUUUAACCAAUGCUCUUUAAAACACACUUGCCUAUAAACGUCUCCAUGACAUAUAAAGUAUGCUGCUCCAAAUUAUUACUUUAUAUUUGUCAAUGUUAUGAUGAAACUGUAAAGGUAUCGGGGGAAGUAGUAAUGUAAAUUAUAGUAAAAAUAGUGCCUUUUUACAUUGAGCUUGUCAUCUUUUAAGUACUGUAUGAAUGGGCGUGGUUGUUUUGUUAAAUCAUAUUCGCAUACGCAACCAUGUUUUCCUGUUUGAUAGGUCUCUCAGCUGUACUCCUUCCAUAUUAAAUGGCAAUUGUAUAUAUGGACAACAUGAAAGGCAGCAAAACAUAGGCUUGGAUUAAUCAUAUUCAUGAUUCUCCUCAUUAAUCUGCUUGUACUACGUUGAACUUGGAUAUUUAUUUUGAUUUAUUUUCAACAUCUAAAUUAUUUUAUUUACGUAUCUUUUUGUUUUCUUUCAAUGAACUACCCUCAUGUACAAAUAAAAUCAUUCUGUUUUUUCCAUUCUGGCUGAAUAUAAGGUGGUAAAUUAUUCCUGUAAAAAGUCUGCAGUGUUUGUUUUGUACUUUUAAAUAAAGCUUUUCUCAUGUAAUCA